GUCUGAAAGGCACGGAGUUCAGGCAGCCAGCUUCUCUUGUUCUGGAGGUCACGUUCCUUGGUUGUUCUCUCUAUCACUCGAGAGGAGCCGUCAGCGAGCGAGUACGGUUAGAUUGGACUGUGCCACAGCCUCUGUUCUGUGUUUCAAUAUAGUUUUCCUCUUCCUCUCUUCAAGAUGGCGGCCUCCUGGUCGCCCUUGGUUACCCUGCGCUCCUUAGCGCUGAGCCGGCUGAGAGGGCGAUGUUUGGGUUUCGGGGCCUGGGUCGCCGCUCUUGCUCCUCUAGCCACCGCCCCAGGAAAGCCCCUUUGGAAAGCCUAUACUGUUUGGACACCAGAGAAUGUGACCCCAGCUGCUGCUCCUGAGUCUUACUCCAAAGCCUUGGCUGCUUGUCAUGGACCCCUGGACCACUAUGACUUUCUGAUUAAAGCUCAUGAGCUGAAGGAUGAUGUACAUCAAAGAAGAGUCAUCCAGUGUUUGCAGAAAUUACACGAGGACCUUAAAGGAUACAGCAUAGAGGCAGAAGACCUGUUUUCAAAGCUUUUUUCGAGGAGCAAACCUCCAAGGGGCCUAUAUGUUUACGGAGAUGUUGGGACAGGAAAAACAAUGGUGAUGGACAUGUUUUAUGCCUAUGUGGAAAUGAAGAGGAAAAAACGGGUCCAUUUUCAUGGUUUCAUGCUAGAUGUGCACAAAAGAAUACAUCGCCUUAAACAGAGCUUGCCAAAAAGGAAACCAGGAUUCAUGGCCAAGUCAUAUGACCCCAUAGCUCCCAUAGCUGAAGAAAUCAGCCAAGAAGCGUGUCUCCUAUGCUUUGAUGAAUUUCAGGUCACUGACAUUGCUGAUGCCAUGAUUCUGAAACAGCUUUUUGAAAAUCUGUUCAAAAAUGGGGUCGUCGUUGUGGCAACGUCCAACAGACCACCGGAAGAUCUCUAUAAAAAUGGACUCCAACGAGCUAACUUUGUACCAUUUAUAGCUGUCCUGAAGGAGUACUGUAAUACGGUCCAGCUGGAUUCUGGAAUAGAUUACCGCAAAAGGGACCUUCCUGCUGCUGGAAAACUUUACUACCUCACAAGUGAAGCUGAUGUGGAGGCUGUCAUGGAUAAGUUGUUUGAUGAGCUGGCUCAGAAACAAAAUGAUUUAACUAGACCAAGGAUUCUAAAAGUGCAAGGCAGAGAGCUGCGGCUGAAUAAAGCCUGUGGAACCAUUGCCGACUGCACAUUUGAAGAGCUGUGUGAGAGACCCCUUGGAGCCAGUGACUAUUUGGAACUAUCAAAGAAUUUCGAUACAGUAUUUUUACGAAACAUUCCACAGUUUACAUUGGCAAAAAGGACUCAAGCUCGGAGAUUUAUAACUCUAAUCGAUAACUUCUAUGAUUUCAAGGUGCGCAUAAUUUGCUCUGCGUCAACUCCCAUUGCAAGCUUGUUUUUGCAUCAACAUCUUGACAGUGAGUUGGAGCAAAGCAGAAUACUGAUGGAUGAUUUGGGGCUGAGCCAGGACUCAGCAGAGGGGCUCUCCAUGUUCACUGGCGAGGAGGAGAUCUUCGCAUUCCAACGCACAGUGUCCCGGCUCACGGAAAUGCAGACGGAGCAGUACUGGAAUGAGGGGGACAGGAGCAGGAAGUAGCUGUCACUUUGGCCUGUGUGCAGCUCAGGGCUGCUGAUCCGUGCACAGAAAACUCACCUCUAUGAAACCUGCAGGAAUCAUCUUCUCAUUAAUGAAUGCACUUUGUUUCCUGGAACAUUUUAAUCCAACAUUGCUGCCAAGAGUAUAGUGGGUUAGUAAGUUAUAAAGACUUGCCAUUUGUAUAGAUAAACAUUUUGCCUAUUUAUUUGGCCUUAUUUCUGUACAAUAAAAUGAAAAUCAUUGGGGCCAGGAUUGUGGCAUAGUGCCUUAAGCCUCUGCCUGUGAGGCUGGCAUCCCAAAUGGGUACCUCUUCACAUCCUGGCUACUCCACUUCCCAUCCAGCUCCCUGCUAAUGUGUCUGGGAAAGCAACAUAGGAUGGCCCAAGUGCUUGAGACCCUCUACCCACAUGGGAGAUCCAGAUGGGGCUCCUGGCUUUGGGCCUGACGCAGCCCUAGCCAUUGUAGCCAUUUGGGGAAUGAAGCAAUGGAUGGAAGGUCUUUCUUUGACUCUCCCCCCACUCUCUAACUCUGCCUUUCAAAUAAAUUGAAAAAUAAUCAUAAUGAAAAUCAUCAUUUCUGAAUACUGAUGUUGGACUAGACCCUAGUUUCAUAUUGAACUCCCUGAAUCUUGAACACACCUAUGGCAAAUAAAAUCAGCUGCAUGGGAUCAGGUGCUAGAAAUGUGUUUUUUAUGAGAGG